AUUGCAAUACAAAAAUAUCAAAAGUUCUUAAUAUUUUAAUUAACAAAGAAAAAAGAGAGAAUGGUUAGAACAAAUGUUGUCUCUUUUGUUUUAUUUGCUGCUAUAGUGCUAUGUAUAGGAUCCAUUCAAAUAGAUGGACAAAAACACACCGCACCGUGGAUACCUGAAGACAAUUCGAUAUGUUGUAAAGAACAUCCGAGUGUUGGAAGAUGUCUUCCAAACAUCGAUGAUAGUGCUGAGAAGGGUGGGAAAUGCUGGAAGUUUUGUAUUGAAGGGUGUGAAACAGGAGGUUUUUGCAAACUUUUUGGACAUAAACAUAUAUGUCAUUGCAAUUGUUCCGGUUAAUAUGCAUCAUGCAAAAUUAAUAAGGCUCCUACGUACGAUACAAGGAAAAAUUUGUUUGAAAAUAUAAUUAAUAAAGGUUCAACU